AUGAUGAAGUACAUCCUUGCCGCUGCUUUGAUUUGCCAGAGUGUGGUCGCGUUCACCGUGGCUCCCGUCCAACCAAUGCAAUCGACCCAGUUGUUUGCGGAAUAUGAACCCUUGGAGGGAGAAAGCAAAAUCAACCUGAAGAUUGACUUGGAUAGUCCCAAGGUUGCUACUAUGGAUGAUAUUGAAAAGGGAAAGAAGGUCUACUGCCGUUGCUGGUUGUCUGGAACAUUUCCUCUUUGCGACGGCACCCACGUAAAGCACAACGACGCUACUGGUGACAACGUGGGUCCUUUGAUUGUGUCUGUGAAGAAAGACUAG